AUGAACGCUUUACGGCGACUUCUUUUCUUUGAGAAACAACUUUCCCCGCCAGCAACAACAACCACCCUCAGCACCAUGGCAGACUACGGCAAGCUCCCAGCAGGCGUGAAGCUCGAUGUGAAGCCAUUCAAAGCCCACGUUGAUGAACAGAAGCUGCAAGACUUCAAGACUCUGGCCAAACUCUCGCCAGUGGCUCCUGCGAACUACGAGAACUCCGACACAUCAGUCGAUCGCCGAUAUGGUGUCUCGAGAGACUGGAUCCUGAACGCCAAGGACCACCUACUCAAUCAGUUCGACUGGAGAAAGCAGGAAGACAAGAUCAACAGCUAUCCAAACUUCACAGCCCAGGUGAAGGACGACGUCGGCAACGAUUUGACCAUUCAUUUCGUGGCGCUCUUCUCCGAGAAGAAGGACGCAAUGCCUCUCGCGCUGUUCCAUGGUUGGCCAGGCAGCUUCCUCGAAUUUUUACAGAUAUUGGAUCUCCUCAAGCAGAAAUACGGCCCACAAGACCUGCCAUAUCACGUCAUCGUACCCAGCAUCCCCGGCUACGCCUACUCGUCAGGUCCACCUCUGAAGGGAGACUACGCUUUGGAGAAUGCCUCAGAGGCUCUGAACAAUCUCAUGGUUGGACUGGGCUUUGGAUCAGGCUACAUUGCACAAGGUGGUGAUCUUGGAGCCUUCGUCAGCCGCCACCUAGCGGCCCACAACGAUGCCUGCAAAGGCAUGCACCUCAACUUUGCCCCUAUCCCACGCCCAAAGAAUGCAGAUGAACUAGAAAUGUCCAAAGUUGAGCAGGACGCUCUGCCAAGAGGACUCUGGUUCCGCGAAGUUGGUGCUGCAUAUUCGCACGAGCACGGCACCCGCACAGCGACCAUCGGACACUGUCUUAGUGCCAGCCCCAUUGCUUUGCUCAGUUGGAUCGGCGAGAAGUUCCUCGAGUGGUCAGAUGAAGAUCCACCACUUGACUUGAUCUUGGAGAGCGUUACCUUGUACUGGAUGACGGACUCUUUCCCAAGAUGCAUCUAUCCAUAUCGUGGCUUAUCCGGCGACGAUGAGCGUCCUCGCAUUGCGAAGGUGAACGGUCGCGGACGCGAGCGACCAUACGUCGAGAAGCCUUCAGGAUACUCGUUCUUCCCGAAGGAGCUUGUGCCCAUGCCAAAGAGCUGGGUCGCUCAGACCUGCAAUAUGGUAUCUGCCUCGGUCCACGAGACUGGAGGUCACUUUGCGGCGAUGGAGAAGCCAAAAGAGCUCUUGGCCGAUAUUGAGGAGUACCUGCAAAAGGCGUGGACAGGCCAGUCUAGCAAGUUGUGA